AUGAAUACUACUGCUACAGUCACGUCUGUGACUGGGGCUCAAAGGAAACAGAUAUUUGACUCAAUACAAAUGUUGCAUGGUACAGUGUCACGGGACUUAACAGAUAGUGUAAAUGUUGUGAUUACAGCCAAAGUUGGAUCUAAGAAAUAUUUGGUGGGUGCAAGCAGAAACCUCCAUAUUUUACUUCCUGACUGGAUCACUGAGGCCUGGCGGCUUUCAGAGGUUCAAGAUCCAAUUGAUAUGAUGUUGCCAAUUUACACUGAAAAGUAUCGUGUUCCAAUAUUUUCACAACUUGUGAUUUGUGUUUCAGGUUUAUCUGUAGAAGAGCGUAAAGAGGUUUCUGAUUUAGUUUCUAAGCAUGGAGGAAGUUAUUCAGGGAUUAUGAAAGUUGGUGAAACAACACAUUUAAUAACUCAUCAAGCCUCAGGAACAAAGUAUGUUCAUGCCAAGAAGUGGAAGAUACAAAUAAUAAAUAUUCAAUGGCUUAUUGAUUCUGUUAAUAAAGGAUAUGCUCUUGAUGAAAAAGAUUAUCGAGUAGACCAACAAAAUGCAAAGUCAUCAACCCCAACUUCAAAUAUAAGUCAGAAUAACUUUUCAUUUGAAAAUAUAUCAGCUAUCAGUUAUGCGGGUAGUAUAUCUACGAGGAUUGACGAAACUCGAACAGAUUUAAGCUACAAAGAAAAUGUUCAGCUUGGUAAUGCUCAGGCUGACUUUUCAAUCCUCCGCGGCUGUGUAAUUAUGCUUUCUGAUUGCAACAAAGAUGAGAUUCAAUUAUACUCACUAGUUGUUAGACAACUAGGUGGGAAAUUAUGCACUGAAUUGCAUGAUCAAGUAACAGAAACUUUAACCCAUGUAAUCGUUGGUAAUGCUUCUACCUUCAACUGUAAAUCAAAGGAGAAGGACGUUAUAUACGUCCGAGGAUCAUGGUUACUUGCAUGCCGUGAUUCUGGCGUUCGUACUCCAGAGGAUGACUAUUUAAUCUGCGACACAGAUGAAGACUUUCAAAAGGUUGAGAACGAUGCUGUCAACGUUACAGUUACAAACGUGGAUGCAGCUGACUUGCAAUUGAUCAACCAAUAUUUUGCGGAGGGUGGGCUAGCAGAAGUUGACGAAUUUCAAAAUGAUGUCAAUCAAUCAAAAGGACCUAUUCAUGGUUUUGAUGAAGCUGCGACCCAACAUGUAACUGUGAAUGGUGUUAAACAUGUAGAGACUCUUGAAGUACCUCAAGCCAGUGGUUGCUUUUCAAAUCUAUCGUUCUCUUUUCACAGUGAGUUAAGUAAUGUAGAUGUUUCCAAGUAUUCUGAUCUAAUUGAGACAGCUGGAGGAACUAUAUUUCACAAUGAACAGCGUACAGACUUCUUGGUCACUCCUUUUUUUGUCUUCAAGCUUCCUGAGGUUACGAACUCUUGCGAAUUUGUUACUGUUGCUUGGAUCCUGCACUGUGUUCAUGAAAAGAGCCUUUGUAUACAAGAUAUUAUUAGAGAAAAUGCAUUUCGGCCCAUAAUACGAAAAUCGAAUCCACCACCUUUAUCUGGAUGUGUCAUCUCUCUCAGUGGCUUUGUUGGGAAGGAUAGAAGUCUUUUAACCUCCUACGCUGAAGCCUUGGGAGCUAUUGUUCAGGAAUGCUUCUUACGCAAGUCAGUGGCAUCUAGAAACCUCUCGGCCAGUACUCAUUUAGUAGCAGCUAAACCAGAUGGACGAAAAUGGCCUGCUGCUCAACAAUGGGGUUUACCAGCUGUCAGCCGUCUUUGGCUUUAUAAAUGUGCUGAAACUUGGUGCCUAGUUGAUGAAUCUAAAUUCCCAGUGUGCGACGUGGCUGAUAAUUCUGAAGGUGCAACUAACAAAGACUUGAAUAUCAACUCAACGAUAAUCAACCCGUUAGGUAUCCCGGUAGAUAGAAAGUUCUUAAAGGAGAUACAAGUUGAUGAGUGUACUGAAUUAGAAGGCAACAUCAGCUCUCGUAAGUCAAUCAAUGGUAAGACUAAUGAGAGUCUUGAAUGCAAUUUAGCCCUCAGCAAUCUUGCUGACACCAUGAAAACUCCUGAUUGGGUUCAAAAUGUCUCAGGAAUUCAUAUAUCCAAAUUGAAUAUAUCAAAUAAUUCUUCAAGUUAUUCUUAUAGACCAUCCCCUCCUUUAUCUGUACAAGUAUCCAGAUGUCUAAAAAAUGCAGUCAGAGAGACAUCAGCAUUACCGAAACGAAAAUUAAAACUUUCAGAUGAUGAAGGGGAUGAAUUGUGUUUACAAGGUGUGGUGAUAUGUGUAGCGAAACACUUAAGUUCUCGUCAGGUAGAACUUAAUGGUAUCGUGAGAAAAUUGGGUGGAGAUUACAAGUGGACGUAUAAUUCUCAGGUGUGUACACAUAUGAUCUCUGAAACUUCACCUGAUGAAAUCUGUUGUCCACCGACACCAUUAUCUAAUAUACCGAUUACACCAAAUACUGGUAAAUCAGGUCAGUUCACAGUCUAUUCUGAUGUAACUGUUGCAAAACAAGACGGGAAAUUUAUUGUCAGUCCAAAAUGGUUGAUAUCUUGCAUGGAAGUCAAUAAACGUUUACCAGAAAGUGAUUUCUUACCUGUAUGUUUAGAUGGAAAGGUAUCUGUUAACAUAACACCUGCAGAACCAAAAGCUAAAUUACCUCGAAUUGCUUCUGUGAAUCUUCUUGGAGAUGUAAAUCGUCGUCUUGAAAUGAUGAUUGGUGGAUGUAGACACAAACCGACUAUCAUCGAUUAUUCUCUUCAACCUGAAACUACAGAUGUUGUCAAAUCAGAUAUACAUCCAGUCGUCAAUGAUUGUGAUAAUGAUGAUAAUGACGAUAAGGAUGAUGAUGAUGAUGAUGAUGACGAUAUAUUGAUGAUGAAGAAUUAUUGA